GGAAGUGCGGCUGCUGGGUGGACCCGCGCUAUGCCGCCCGCUCAGCCGCGGAGGCCGGGGACCCCCCAACCCCAGCCCAAGAAUUAUCGCCCCUUCUGCUUAAGCGUGAAAGGCCACGUGAAGAUGCUGCGGCUGAUCCUGACGGUGACGUCCAUGACCUUCUUUAUCCUGGCGCAGGCCCCAGAGCCCUACAUCGUCAUCACUGGCUUUGAAGUCACCAUUAUUUUCUUCUUCAUAGUUUUGUAUUUAUUCAGACUGGAUCGAUUACUGAAAUGUUUAUUUUGGCCUUUGCUUGAUAUUAUCAACUCUUUGGUAACAACGAUAUUCCUGACCAUUGUAUCUGUGUUGGCACUGAUUCCAGAAACCACCACAAUGACAGUCCUUGGAGGGGUGUUUGGACUCGUGUCAGCCAUGUGCUGUCUGGCAGAUGGGGCCCUCAUCUACCGGAAGAUUCUGUUUAACCCAGGUGGCCCGUUUCAGAAAGGGCCAUCUCUCGACCAAAGGCAUGUUUUGUAAUUUUGUAUCCCGUUCCAGCUGAUGCCAGGUAUUAGAAAGCUUUCUGCUGGACCCCUGACAGGAUGUGAGGAGAAGGACGCUUCAGCCCCCGGACCUUGCCCUCAAAGCCCCAAACCCCGGUCUACCAACCAGAAGAACAUCAGACAAAGCCAAACUGAGGCACGCUGGACCGAUCUGCCACCAAACUUCCAAGUUCCUCAAAAGCACUGAAGGGCUGAGAAGCCACCACCAAGCGGAAGAGACCCAGUGCAAUGACAGCUGAAAGCCACGCCAACGGGAAAGCUAGUGCCUCUGAACCCGACCGGAGCUUCCUUAAUGGGAAACAGACGCUGGUCUCUCCGAUUUGGUGGCUGACUGUUCCUGGAAAACUUGAUGUGCCUGCCAUAUAUGGGAACUCUUUCAACUCUCUUUGUAGCUUUGUUGAGAAAUUAAACCCAUUUAAAAAAAAUCUGUCUUUUUAACAGUUUUAUUAGCACUUCAUCAACCUGUCAUCCAAUUCAGUCAUUCAGUCCAUUCAGAAGUUUGUCACCACAUUCAAUCCUGGAACACUUUCUUCCUUAUACUCAUGCAUUCACCUAUUUUUUUUCUAAUCAUGGAAAAAAUAUGCACAGCAAAACAUCCUCCAAUUCCACAACUUGUACCUGUAUACGUCGGUGCCACUGAUGAUUCUCCUUGUGUUGUACAACCAUCAUUGAUACCCUUUUCCAGAUUAUUCCAUGACCAUUACCAUAGACUCGUCCCCUAAGCAGCUACUCUGUCUCCUUCUCCAUGGGUCAACUUUGGUUACUUUUUCUUUUUCAGUAGUUUUAUUGAUGGGUUGUUCACAUUUAUACGCU